AUGUCCAACGGUGCUCUGCCAAAAACGAAGACAUCGAAAUCAUCACUGAAGUACGCCGACUCGCGCGAAGAGGCAAAGGUACAAAAUUGCAAAAGUGAAUUCUCGUUCGAAUUGAAACCGAAGCCAAAAUUGACCUGCAUCCCCGAGAGUUGUAGUAAAUUCUUUAGUGAUCUGAGUGAAUCAACUUGCAGAAAGACGCAAUCAAUGAAUGCAAUGAAGAAAAAUGAGGCGCCGGAGAAAUCGUGGUCGGUUUUGUUCAUCGGUUCCAAGAGCAACCUGCAUGCCAAUAACCUUAUAAUGUAAA